CACAAGUUACAACCCAAUAAUUUCGAAUUUCUCGCAUAUUAUCAAAUGUCGAAAAUUCUUUCCAAUUCAACUCUCACAAGAAGAUUCGGCCCCCUCGUACACAGAACCAUAGGAGUUCGUGCUUUCAACUUAAGUACGCCUAGAAAACAAGAAAUUGAAGUAUUUGUAGAUAACAAUCCUGUUACGAUAGAACAAGGAAGUGCUGUAAUUCAAGCAUGCGAAAAGGCUGGCUAUACAAUACCUCGCUUCUGCUAUCACGAGCGGUUAUCUGUUGCCGGUAAUUGCCGAAUGUGUCUUGUUGAAUUGGAAAGGUCACCAAAACCUAUCGCUUCUUGCGCAAUGCCUGUUAUGCCUGGAAUGAAAAUAAAAACUGAUACACCACUUGUGAAAAAGGCACGUGAAGGUGUAAUGGAAUUUUUAUUAGCUAAUCACCCUUUAGAUUGUCCAAUUUGUGAUCAAGGUGGGGAAUGUGAUUUGCAAGACCAAGCCGUACGUUAUGGUAGUGAUCGAGGUAGAUUUCAUGAAAUUGCCGGAAAACGUGCAGUUGAAGAUAAAGAUUUUGGACCUUUAGUUAAAACGAGUAUGAAUAGAUGUAUUCAUUGUACUCGCUGUGUUAGAUUCGCGAAUGAAGUUGCAGGAGUUCCAGAUUUAGGUACAACUGGAAGAGGCAGCGAAAUGCAAAUUAGUACCUAUAUUGAACGUACAUUAAAUUCAGAAAUGUCUUCAAAUAUCAUUGAUUUAUGCCCUGUUGGUGCAUUAACUGCAAAACCAUAUGCUUUUUCAUAUCGACCAUGGGAACUUAAAACAACAGAAUCGAUUGAUGUUUUAGAUGCUAUUGGUAGUAAUAUUAGAGUAGAUUCAAGAGGAGUGGAGGUUAUGCGAAUCUUGCCUAAAUUAAACGAAGAAGUGAAUGAAGAAUGGAUUUCUGAUAAAACCCGAUUUGCUUUUGAUGGGUUAAAGAGGCAGAGACUUACUAUGCCCUUAGUUCGUCAAGCUGGUAAAUUUGUAGCUGUUACAUGGGAACAGGCCCUAUUACAUGUUGCUAACGAAAUUCAUAAGGUUAAAGGUUCUGAAGCAAAAGCAAUUGCCGGUCAGCUUGUAGACACUGAAAGUUUAGUUGCUCUUAAGGAUCUAUUUAAUCGCAUUGGUUCAGAUAAUUUUGCCAUGGAUACUGCUAAUGGAUCUCAAGUACCUGCUCAUGGUGCUGAUUUUAGGUCAAAUUACCUUUUGAACAAUAAGAUUAUUGGUGUUGACAAAGCUGAUGUAUUGUUAUUAGUGGGCACUAAUCCACGUCAUGAAGGCCCUAUACUCAAUACUAGGAUUUUUAAGAGUUAUGUUCAUAAUGGUUUGGAUGUUGGAUUAAUAGGCCAUGCUGUCGAUACUACUUAUGAAUAUGAUCACGUUGGUACUAAUAGCGAAGCACUUGAAAGUAUACUAAAUGAAAGUCAUCCAUUCUCUAAAAAGAUUGCUGAAGCCAAGAGACCAAUGGUUAUAGUUGGUAGUGGUGUCCUAGAUAAUCCUGAUUCCGAAUACGUGUUUUCUACAGUAUCCAAAAUAGCAAAAAAACAUGAGAAUUUGUUCUUCCAAGACGACGAUUGGAAUGGAUACAACGUAUUACAAAGGUCUGCAAGUCGAGCUGCAGCUUAUGAUGUAGGAUUUAUUCCAUCUGCAGAAACUUCAAAAAUCACACCUAAGUUCCUUUAUUUAUUGGGCGCGGAUGAAAUUACUCCGCAAGAUAUACCAAAAAAUGCAUUUGUAGUUUACCAGGGACAUCAUGGUGAUACUGGUGCACAUUAUGCUGAUGUAAUCCUUCCUGGAGCUGCUUAUACAGAAAAGAGUGUUACAUAUGUAAACACUGAGGGUCGAUCACAGUUGACACGGGCAGCGGUCCCACCUCCAGGUGCUGCACGUGAGGAUUGGAAGAUCAUCCGGGCCUUAUCGGAGGUAGCUGGUAUUACAUUACCAUAUGAUAAUAUAUAUUCACUUCGCAAUCGUAUGAAUGAUAUUGCUCCACAUCUUACACGAUAUGAUCUUGUUGAAAAUGUGAUUAAUCCUGGAUUAGGUCUUACACAACUAAUGAAUAAAACCAUAAAAUCAACAGGAGCUAUAUUCAAGUCUGUGAUCCAAGAUUAUUAUAUGACUGAUAGUAUUUCACGGUCUAGUCAAACAAUGGCCAAGUGCUCUGCUGCUUUUACAGAUAAUGGGAAAUAGAAACUGAUGUUUAAAAAAAUAGACAUCACAAUAUUACUUAUCACAUUAUGAAAUUAUUUAUGGAUUUAUUGUAUAAAUAAAAAAAAAUGAGUUUUAAAUAGUAAAAACUUUACUAUUGCCUUCCAUUAUUGAUAGUAUUAAUUAACUAUACUAUAUUAAUUCUUAACAAGGUGGGUUAU